AUGACUUUUUGUGAACCAGACAAUCCUUUCUAUCUUUGGAAUACAUACAAAGCAUUUAUGAUUGAGGACUUUAUUCAACGCUCAGUGCCGCUUAGAAUAGCUGAACAAGCUGCUCUUUGUCAAGUUGAAAAGAUUAUUAAUCAGUCCAAUAGAAAGAGACCACUGUUCAAUGUCAAUCAAUUAAAUGUAUGUAAUACUAUUUUUGCUGCAUUGAAUGAACAACCAAGUAUAGAAAAUCAGCAUUCACGAUUGUUUUUCAUUGAUGGACCGGCUGGAAGUGGAAAAACGUUUACAUAUAAUUAUUUGAUUGCUGAAACCAGCAGUAGAGGUAUUAAAUCUGCUAAAGCUGCAUGGACUAGCAUAGCAGCAACUCUUAUUACAAAUGGAUCUACAUUGCAUGGCUUAUUUAAACUUCCUGUUCCAAUAUUAGAUAACAACACAUGUAAUGUAACUCCAAACUCUAUACAUGGACACUUUUUAAGUCAGGUUAUUUUGUUUUUGCUUGAUGAAUCAUCCAUGAUACCCAAAUUUGCAUUGAAUACAAUUGAUAGGUUAUUAAAAGAUGUUUGCAACAUUAACUUUCUAUUUGGAGGAAAAGUUAUUCUUUUUGGAGGCGACUUUAGACAAAUACUGCCUGUUGUGAAAAGAGGACAACCAGCUGAAGUUGUAGAAGCAUGUAUAAAAUGUUCUUUACAUUGGCAAUGGGUGCAGAAGUUUAAGUUAACUGAAAAUAUGAAAGUACAGGAUGGUGAAAAGGAAAUUUCAAUUUGGCUGGAAAAUGACUCCAUUGUUGAAAAGAUAUUUGGGGAUGCUGAACAAAACAAUUAUGCUAAACGUGUCAUUUUGACACCAACUAAUGUGGAUUCACUAUCAAUCAGUGAAGAAGUGCUUCAACGUCUACCGGGUGAGGUCAAAACUUAUUUAAGUGCUAAUCAAGUUGAGACAGACAAACUUAAUGAAAGAAAUAACUUUCCUGUUGAGUUUUUAAAUAGCUUAAUUCCCUCAGGUAUGCCUUCUCAUACUUUCAAGUUUAAAAUUUGUUGUAUAAUUAUGUUAUUUAGAAAUUUAGAUCUUAAAGCUGGGAUAUAUAAUGGCACUAGAAUGAAAGUUUGUGCUCUUCAAAAUAAUUAUAUUGAUGCCGAGGUUUUGACAGGUGUUUCUGCUGGUAAACGGGUAUUUGUAUCUCGAAUUCACUUGGCUCCGUCAGAUUCUAGUUUACCUUUUGUUCUAAAACGUCGCCAGUUUCUUGUCAGAUUGGCAUAUUCAAUGACAAUUAAUAAAAGUCAAGGUCAAACAUUUGAUAGAGUUGGUGUAUAUCUAAAGAAACCGUGUUUGACUCAUGGUCAACUUUAUGUUGCAUGUUCAAGAACUAGAGCAUUUUCAUAG